AUGUACACAGAUGCCUCCACUUUGAGCAUGGAUGCCCAUCUCUUCCCUUCCACAUUCGGCAAUUCCGACUACAUGCACCCGGAUGGAAGCAAUGGAGACUUCCUAUUCUCUCACCAUGGGGUUUGGAAUCCUGAAGCAACGUUCAACCCAGGGGUCUACUAUGGUGACAUGAGCGGCUAUGGUCCCAUGAUGGUGUACGAUGCGCCCAUGCAAUGCAGCCUCAAUGUAGCCCCCAGCUUUCAGAUCGACACAUUGCCAGUGGCAGAACAGAGACCCAUCGGCUCUUCCGGACAGAAGCGAAAGUCUCGGAGCUCGACAAAGCCAGUAGUCCAAAAACGACAGAAGCAAAGCAACAGCCAAAGAAGCAGUGUCAGCAGUAGCAGCAGUCCGAAAAGCAUCGUCAGCGACUCCAUCGCACCUACCGCACCAAGCUGCCGUGCCCAUUACGCUGUGGAGAAGCGGUAUCGAACAACAUUGAACGAUCGUUACGCCGCGCUCGCUCGACUCGUGUCACAAACCGAGACACAGGAGAUAUGUCGGACGGAGAACAAAGAUUGGGAGGUCCCUCCUAAGCUCGACAGCAGUCCGAGUUCUGGAGACGAUAAGGGACCCUGUAAACGGCAAAGCAAGACGACAACGCUAUCGGCCGCCAUCGACACCAUCGCUCUCCUCGACCGGUGUUGCAUGCGAAAAGCGCAGGAGCUUCAGUCACUGAGGGAACAGUAUCGUGCGCUCAGUGCCGCCGGAAAUUGA